UUGGUACCAUCUCGAGCCAUGGGUUUUUGGGAAACACUUCUGGUUUUGGCCUUCCUUGAAAAAAGUUGGGGACAGGAACAAACAGUCACCGUUUCAGCACCAGUGGUCUUCCACGUCGGAGUGUCAGAGAACGUCAUGGUCCAAGCCCACGGCCACUCUGAUGCCUUUGAUGCAACCAUCUCUGUAAAAAGCUAUCCUGAUGAAAACGUCACUUACUCUUCAGGCUCUGUUAAUUUAUCACCAGAAAAUAAAUUCCAAAACGCGACAAUCUUAACAAUUCAGGACGAACAGUUGUCUGAAGGACAAAGCUCAUUUUCGUAUGUGUAUUUGGAAGUUGUGUCAAAGCAUUUUUCAAAAUCAGAAAAAAGGCCAAUCCUCUAUGACAAUGGCUCUCUCUUCGUCCACACUGACAAGCCUGUGUACACUCCACAGCAGCACGUAAAGGUUGGCGUCUUUUUGCUGGGAGAUGUUUUGGAGCCAGUUACACGGGAAACUGUCUUAACUUUCAUAGACCCUGAAGGAUCAGAAGUUGACAAGGUGCAAGGAAACAAUCUUACUGGAGCUGUGUCUUUUCCUGACUUCCAGAUUCCUUCUAACCCCAAAUACGGUAGAUGGACGGUUCAGGCUAAAUAUACAGAAGACGCUUCCACCAACGGAACGACACACUUUGACGUCAAAGAACACAGUAAAGCCUACAAAAUAAGUCUCACGCCAGUAAGUGAUCUGCAGCACGAAGUGGAAAUUCAAGAUGAAGCCCAAGGCGUGAGUCUCCAGCCAACAGAUUACCUGGAACAGAAAAUAAGAGAACAAGCUGCUACAUACAAACAUCCGGUGGUAAAGAAGUGUUGUUAUGACGGAGCCAGACAUAAUGCCUAUGAAACCUGUAAGCAGCGAGCAGAACGUGUGAAAAAAACAGGCCCAAACUGUGUCCAAGCCUUCACUCUCUGUUGCACCAUGGCAACCGAGAUCCGAGCUAAUGACACCUUUAAACACAUCCACGUGUCGAGGAAUCAGUGUAAGUAUGGUAUUUCCGGUCGGAACCUUUCCAAACCUGUGUAA